AUGACGCCCCGCUUCUUCUUCCUCUUGUUGUUGGGAGCACUGCUGCUGGCGUUGAUUGGACAGCGUUCCGGCCUUUGCAUGGGAGAGGUGACGCUGGUGGAGGAUGAUGUGGGCGCGUUUCACAUCAACACGAGCGAUCCAAUGAGCCAACCCGUGUUUGUGAACGGGAUGAAUGUGCACGAGACUUUGGGUAUGUUGAUGAGUACCGUGUCGGCGCAGCAGAGCGCGAUCGAUCGUGCUUAUGGGAAAGUGUGCACUCCCAGCGCCAGCACAUUUGGGCAACUCAGUUCAACGAGCGCAAAGUGGUUUGGGGGUGUACUGGCAAACAAUGGACUGAUCUACGCUGCACCAUUCAACUUGCCUUCUGUACUCAUCAUCAACCCCAGGACCAAUACCGUCGACACCACCACCAUCUCGGGACUUGGAACGGAUCCAGCCAAGUGGGCUGGUGGGGUGAUGGCACACAACGGCCUCAUCUACAUGUUCCCUUCAAACAGGGAGACCAUGCUCAUCAUCGACCCAGACACCAAUGAGGUUGACACCACGAGCAUCCACUCCCUUGGUACUGGUAGCUACAAGUGGUACAGUGGUGUGGUGGCGAGGAAUGGCCUCAUUUUCGGCAUUCCGUACUCUGCCACGUCUGUGCUGAUCGUCGAUCCAGAAAUCAACACAGCCGACAUCACCACGCUGUCCGGGCUGUCGAGCGAGGGAUACAAGUGGUACAGCGGUGUGGAGGUGGAGAAUGGUUUGAUCUAUUGCAUUCCACGUGAUGCUACAAGCAUCCUCAUCAUCAACCCUGAGUCCUUGACGAUGGACCUCACCACCAUCAGUGGCCUCGGCACUGGCAAGAAGUGGUGGGGCGGCGUGCUUGCACGUAAUGGCCUCAUCUACGCCAUACCAGCUUUCUCUGCAACGACACUUGUCAUCAACCCAGCUACAAACGCCACCAACGAGCUUCUUGUUGUAGCUGAGACAUCCAGUAUCAAAUGGGUUGGUGGCGUGCUCGCACCCAAUGGCAACAUCAUUGGCAUCCCAUUCAGCUCGCCAUCCGUCCUAAUUGUCGACCCAGCCGCCAACACCACCGACACCACGACUAUCGAUGAUCUUGCUGGAUCCUACAGCUGGUGGGGUGGUGUGCUCGCCCCAAAUGGUCUCGUCUACGGCAUCCCUUCUUAUUCCGAGUCCGUUCUCGUGAUCGAUCCUGGGUGCUGA